CGAUGUCUGAGGCACGUCGCAGCUCGACUGAAGGUCCCUCUCGCUGCGGCAGCGCGGCCCCAAGGCGCUCGUCCGUCUCGCAGGCUGAUGGCGGCCGACGGGCGUCCCAGGAGUCUCAUGGUGGGCUGCAGAGCCCGACGAGCCCCAAGAGCCCGACGAGCCCCAAGAACGAGGCGUUCCAAUCGAAGGCUGAAGAGGCCAAGAAACUGCUGGUGCGGGGCGAGGGGAUAUGGUGCUCAUUCACUCAGGAGUGAUGCGUUGUCUGCCUGUCUGUGUGUCUGUCCGUCUGUCUGUCUGUGUAUGUUGGUGCAGCACACACGUCGCGAGCGGAGCUGGCUGCAGACUCAUGGGAAGGGCCAUGUGUUGGACUUCACUGACCGGGAGAUUAAAGAACUCAAAAAGUUCUUCGACAGCCUGGUCAGUCAGUGAGCGAGUCAGGCAGACAGUCGAGUCGGCCAGUCACUGCAAUCAACACGAGCAUUCACACACUGUGUGGUUUGGCUUGGCAGGAUGUAGAGAAGAAAGGUAGGUGCAUUAACCAUCUGAGAAGCAGACACGCUUGUGCUGGUCCAUCCAUCCGUCCGUCCCUCUCUGUGUAUGGCUGGCUGCCGGUUGGCUGCAGGCAGCAUCGACAUGGAGCGGUUCACCGAGUCGCUAAUCGCAUUGGGUCUCGCUCGGUCCAAGAGCCAGAUUGACGUCAUAUUCCGAGCAAUCGACAAGGGUGGGUCGGCCACACAUGCGCACACACCAGGGGGGGGUGAGCUUGUGAGUUGCCUGACCGAUGUGUGUGUUGUGGCUGCGGGGCAGAUGGGUCGGGCGAGAUUGAUUUCGCAGAGUUCCUGAGUCUGGUCAAGGGGGCCCAUGACGGCGAGGGGGCCUCUGGCCAUGUCUACCAGGCCUUCCGAUGUGAGUCAGCACGUGCCUGCCAACACGGCACAUGGGCUCGUGUGUUGGAAGAUGUGUGUGUGUGUGUGUGUGUGUUUAGCGAUGAUGGACGGCAACUUGGGCGACACGUCUCUGUCAUUCCCCCUUGUCAUCUCCACCUACAGACGGUGAGCACCACAGCGCACAGCACCAUACAUUCAUCAGUGUGCUGGCGGUCUGUGCCUGCAGUAAGAUGCUGCUGGACGCCAUGAUGGCAUCGGGCGAGCGACAAGAACGCGGCAAACGAGUGCUCAGCGUAAGUGAGGGAAAGAAAGACAGUUACCAUAGACAGCAUGGCAUGCACCCUAUACGUUACGUGAGUGUCUUCCUCCUUUUCAUUCCCAGGCGUUCGCCACACAUUCGGCAGAGCAGCUGCACGCCGCACAGCAGUAAGCGCGAGAAUGGAUUAGUUUAAUGACAGACCAACACGCUCCCACGUGCACUCUUGGUUCGUUGUCGGGUGUCUGUCUGUGUGGCUGCAAUAAUGCAGUGUGUAUCAGGGAGAUGGUGGUGUGGAGUCGUUCAUCACCGUCGACCCCUCCCCGGCCCCUGCACCCACACACGGACGGCGGGCACCGCUCACUUCUACCAACAGAUAGACACACAGACAUGCAGACGGACAGAUAGACACUUACUCCGUUUUCGGAGCUGGCUCCUUUGUGUGUGUGAGAGGAGAGGACGGGAGGCGUGAAUGCGAUAGAUAAGACCGAGAGAGCUGUGUAUGUUGUGUGGUGGACUGACAUACGUCGGGCAGACAUGUCAUCGGCAGCUUUGAAAUAAUGCACCAUGUGUCUA